GCCCAGAUGAAGGAGCUCCAGAGGGAGGUGGAGGAUUCCCGUGCAGCCCAGAAGGAGGUACUGUCCUCAGCCAGGGAGUCCGGGAGAGCCAAGACCCUAGAGGCCAGCUUCAUGCAGCUACAGGAGGACUUGGCUGCGGCAGAGAGGGCUCGUAAGCAGGCCGAGACAGAGAGAGAUGAGAUGUCUGAGGAUCUGGCCAGCAACUCUGGGAAAACAUCUGGACAUCGUCGUCUGGAGGCUAAGAUCAGCCAGCUAGAGGAAGAGCUGGAGGAGGAGCAGGCCAACAUGGAGAACCUCCACGACCGCCUCCGGAAGACACAGCAACAGGUGGACCAGUUGAGCAGUGAGCUGCAGGCUGAGCGUAGUUCCUCCCAAAGCAAUGAGGGCGCCAGACAGCAGCUCGAGAGGCAGAACAAGGAUCUGAAGGUCAAGCUACAGGAGAUGGAGGGUCAGGGGAGGUCAAAGUUCAAAUCCUCCAUCGCCGCCCUGGAGGCCAAACUACACCAGCUGGAGGAGCAGCUGGAGCUGGAGAACAGAGAGAGACAGACCAACGCUAAAGCAACGCGUCAGAAAGAGAAGAAACUGAAGGAUCUGACCAUCCAGAUGGAGGAAGACAGGAAACAGGCAGAGCAGUACAAGGACCAGGCGGAGAAGGCUAACGUGCGUGUGAAGCAGUUGAAGCGUCAGCUGGAGGAGGCGGAGGAGGAGUCUCAACGGGUUGCCGCGGGACGCAGGAAGUUACAGAGAGAACUGGACGAGGCCUCCGAGGCCAACGACGCCCUCGGUAGGGAGGUGUCGGCCCUGAAGAGCAAACUCAGGUACACACAGGUUAUUCCGCCUGGCUAAAUACAACACUAUGCAGACAUCACACUGAAGUCCACCUCGAGAUGAU